AUGGUGGUUCAAGGAAUCGGCGAUUUUCCUCAUGGAUUUGAACUUUUGGAACUUGUCGGCUUCGAAUUUGAUGAAGAAACUUUAAUUUACAAUCUGCCCCCAUCAAUUGACAUUCAAAAAAUCGAAAAUCUUCAAACAGCAAUGUCGACUAGUUUCGAGCUAUAUCGACCUUCAAUUGAUAGGGAUUUGAAGGUUUAUAGACCAGAUUUUCAACUUGUUCAAACAACGGAUCAAGCGGAAGUAACAACUUCUGAUAUCCGAGCAAUGUAUGCUUCUCGUCAAAAGCAACUAGAACAAAUGGAUACUUUGGUUUCUUCCAGUUUUUGGAAAAAAGACAAGACAUAUAAAUAUAGCAGAGUUCGUUUUAUUUUACCAGACGAAUGGCGUAUUGAGUCCUCUUUUGAGUCUGUUGAAAGCUUAAGAACAGUUGCUAGUGUUUUGAGUGAACAUGUGAACGAUCAAUGUAAUGAUGAAUUUACAUUCACGAUUGGAAAUCGGAGUAUUUGUCCCGAUAUUUUUGAUAAAUCAAUUUUGGAACUUGAUUUGGGACAAGCUAUUGCAAUGAGAGUUCAUUUUAGUUUGGAUCGUGUGUCCUCGUUGGGGGAAGGUUUCCAAUACUUAAAAUCUCAGUCUAUCGAGAGAUUCUCUUAA